GUCCUGCUUAGAGAAGAUUGCGGGAAUGCGACCUUUGGAGCCGGUCCUGCGUCAUUUCCUGACAUGAAAUUCCCUGCCUGGUUGCCUUGUGUCACGAAUGAUCCGAUGCAACGGAUCAUGUCGGAUUGGAAGGGGUAUUUGCAUGUGAUAGCAGCUCUGAAAUGCAGAAACCUUCAAAGAGCUGAGGGUGGUUUCUCCGCUCUCCGCACCGUGAAGGUAUAUCCAGUCCCCAUCGACACACCGUGGUGCCACCUGAAACACCCGACACCUUUCCUGGAUCCAAGUACCCUCCUGGACGUGACGAGAGCCUGGGCAGCACACGAGGGCCUCCGUCAUGUUUUUAUUUUAACCAACGAAGAGAACGAGAUCUUCUGGAAAUAUUCUCUUCUCCCCGAGCUCAUGCGGCCCGAAGACAUCGGAUUCACGCCCGUAACAUUUAGGAAUUUCUCACUUUUUCCGUGGGAAAGGCUGAGAAUGGCGAAAGGAUCCCUCAUGGCUCUUCUCGUGAAGCAGGAGCUCAUCCAGCGUCUUUACAAUGUGGCUGAUUCAGAGGGGAUGUUGGAUGGCUUCAACAGCUGGCUCUAUGUCAUCCCCAGCUCAAUAUCAAUGCCACCGAGCAACUUGUAUUUGUCCAGCAGGAGAUUAGACAGUCGUGUAGCCUUCCUCACCUACCCUCAGGUCUACAAUGGAGAGUCUCGAAAAACUUGA